UUUUUAAUUAUUUUGGGACCAUGCUUCUUGUCUGGUAGGAUCCUCGUACCGCUGGGCUGCUUUUCUCUUCUGAAAAUUUUUCUUCUUUUGGGAUAUUUGGUAAAUUCGGAAUCAUACUCUGUUCUCUGUUCCCACCAUUUCCAGAUCCCUAAGCAUCCCUUUCCCGAGUCCCGCCACUAGUUUCGGAUUGAAUUGCAAUGCAAUCACACUCAAUUCCAGGCUUUUGAACCACUCAUCACUUUCUCGGGUGGUUCUGAUAAAAAUUGAAGACGCUCCCUUUAGUUAACUUCGUUCUGAUAUUGUUGGGAAGGUUGAUCCCGUGAAUAGAAGUGUGAAAUCUGGGUCGAACCAGAGCAGUUCGGCGGCAAUGCAGGUUACGGCGACUACUUCACAGUCCAAUCUAUUGAACAAUCUCUCUCUCAAGAGCUUUAAACUCAAGACCAAGCAGCAGGAGCUGCUGAUCCGGGUUACGAUUCUAUGCCUCGUCUAUGUGUUGGCUUUCAUCACUCGCCUUUUCAGUGUUCUGCGUUACGAGUCCAUGAUCCAUGAGUUUGAUCCUUACUUCAAUUACCGCACUACUCUCUUCUUGACCCAGAAAGGUUUUUAUGAAUUCUGGAACUGGUUUGACUCUGAGAGUUGGUAUCCACUUGGACGAAUCAUCGGAGGCACUCUCUACCCUGGUCUCAUGGUCACUGCCGCUAUAAUUUACUGGGUUUUGCGGUUUUUGAGGUUUGCUGUUCAUAUUCGCGAGGUCUGUGUGUUAACAGCUCCAUUUUUCGCAUCGAAUACUACAUUGGUUGCUUAUUUCUUUGGUAAAGAGAUUUGGGAUUCGGGUGCUGGUCUCGUUGCUGCAGCAUUGAUCGCCAUUUGUCCUGGCUAUAUUUCAAGAUCCGUAGCUGGAUCAUAUGAUAAUGAGGGUGUUGCGAUUUUUGCCCUGUUGUUAACAUUUUACUUGUUCGUGAAGGCUGUGAACACUGGGUCUCUUGCAUGGUCUCUGGCUUCGGCUUUUGGUUACUUCUACAUGGUUUCGGCUUGGGGUGGUUACGUGUUUAUAAUCAACUUGAUCCCACUUUAUGUGAUGGCUCUUUUGAUCACGGGACGGUAUUCGAUGAGGCUGUAUAUCGCCUAUAAUUCCAUGUAUGUGCUGGGAAUGUUGCUUGCAAUGCAGAUUCGGUUUGUAGGAUUUCAGCAUGUGCAGUCUGGAGAACAUAUGGCUUCCAUGGGCGUGUUUUUCUUGCUGCAGGUAUUUUACUUUUUGGAUUGGGUGAGGUAUUUGCUUAGUGACACAAAAUUGUUUCAAGCUUUCUUGAGGAUCACUGUAACUUGUGCAGUUAGUGUUGGUGCCAUUGCUUUGGGAAUAGGCACUGCAUCUGGUUAUAUUUCUCCAUGGACUGGCAGGUUUUACUCGUUGCUUGAUCCAACAUAUGCUAAGGACCACAUUCCAAUCAUUGCAUCGGUUUCUGAGCAUCAGCCAACUGCUUGGUCAUCUUUCAUGUUUGAUUUCCAUAUCUUGCUAUUUCUUUUCCCAGCUGGACUCUAUUUUUGCUUCAAGAGGUUGUCAGAUGCCACAAUAUUUGUGGUUAUGUAUGGUCUUACGAGCAUGUAUUUUGCUGGUGUUAUGGUCCGAUUGAUUCUUGUUGCUGCGCCUGCAGUAUGCCUCAUUAGUGCUAUUGCAGUGUCUGCCACUGUGAAGAACUUGACUCACCUGGUGAGGGGCAAAAGCAAAACUUUGCAAGGUGGUUCUACCAAAGGAACUAGUGCCACUAAAGGUUCACCCAAGCGUGUAGUUGAUCAUUCCCAGCCUUUCCAAAGAAAUGGUUCUAUUAUGUUACUUCUUGGUGCUUUCUACCUACUCAGUAGAUACGCCACUCACUGUACCUGGGUCACAUCAGAGGCUUAUUCAUCUCCGUCAAUUGUCUUGGCUGCAAGGGGUGCUCAUGGCAAUAGGGUCAUCUUUGAUGAUUAUCGUGAAGCUUACUUUUGGCUGCGCCAGAAUACUCCACAACAUGCUAAGGUGAUGUCAUGGUGGGAUUAUGGUUACCAGAUCACUGCCAUGGGAAAUAGAACUGUUAUUGUUGACAAUAAUACCUGGAACAAUACACACAUAGCAACUGUUGGGCGUGCAAUGUCUUCUUAUGAGGAUGAGGCUUAUGAGAUUAUGAGAUUGCUUGAUGUAGAUUAUGUGUUAGUUGUCUUCGGUGGUGUUACUGGGUAUUCUUCUGAUGAUAUUAACAAAUUUCUGUGGAUGGUAAGAAUUGGUGGUGGAGUUUUUCCUGUAAUAAAGGAGCCUGAUUACCUUGUUAAUGGGGAAUAUCGUGUAGAUAAAGGUGCAGCCCCCAAGAUGUUGAACUGUCUCAUGUAUAAGCUCUGUUACUAUCGGUUUGGGGAGAUGACAACAGAAUAUGGAAAACCACCUGGGUAUGAUCGUGCUAGAGGAGUUGAAAUUGGAAACAAAGACAUCAAACUAGAGUACUUGGAAGAGGCAUUUACCACACAGAAUUGGAUUGUUCGUAUUUAUAAAGUAAAACCACCUAAAAAUAGGUGGUAAGCCCAGCUCUUGACCCCCCUCCAUAUGAGAGAGAGAGAGAGAGAGAGAGGUCAACCUCUUUUUUAUUUUUUAUAAUUCCUGAGGGAAGUUACGACACCGUAGUCUGUAGUGAUCUCGAGGCUAGAAAAGACUGCUGGUUUUGCUAUAGAUUUCAGUAGACUGAAGUAAAUUUUGAGGUGAGCAUGUCUAGAAUUCUGUUCAAAAUAUUCAUGGAACCAGUUCUCUGAGA